AUGCUGAUGCGGCCCCGGGGGCCGAAUGACAUGCCUACGGUCGAUAGAAAUGUGGCAGAUCUCCUCGAUGAGCUCAAGGUGCUGGUGAAGUUCUGUCAGGAGCGACAACUGUCCAUGCUUGACAGUGUACUGGCAAAGAAACUGUAUAGGUUCGACAAGGGCUGUGCGUGGUCAUUCACUGGCGAAGACGUGUUGUGUCUAUUCCACGAAGGUUUCACGGAAUCUGCGUUGUGGGGCCAGGUGGAUGACCUACUGGUCGGCAGCCUGUCGACCAUCCUGACGACUUGCUCGGCUUCACGAGGGAAAAUGCAAGGCGAGAUAUCAGCGAGCGGAGCAAGCUGGCGCUACAAUAUGGAUAGAUUCUUCUUUGAUUUUCUCAGCACUGUCAUCAGUUCCAUCCUACAAUCCGAAAUGGAUGGGCAGGAUAACACCAAGGGGCAACGGAAAGUACAUGCGGUCUUGGGGCACAUUAUUGCGCUCCCUCGAAGUGUCUAUGGUGGUUAUGAUCUGAAUGAUCUUGAUCCUAUCGAGCAAGAAGCAGAAGAAUUCGUCAAUACCAUUGAUAUUCGCUGUGCUGAUGGGAAUGACUUGAAUGAGGACGAGAAGAGCAUAGAGAGGAAACUCCAUCAUAGCCUACUCUGUCUUGUGGAUUGCAGAUGGCAAGUUUCACUGACGCCUGUCCGCAUCAUGAAAAGAAUGGCCAUCAGUUCCACCCAGGCGAGGUGCGGCGCAGUAGGUGUUCUGCGCAUGCCAGUAUGCCUAGCCAAGGAGAUCCUCAGCCCAUACUGCUUCAUAAGGCCGCGUGAUGAAAACAACGACUUGGCUGCGCUGGAGGGUCGUCAGUCUACCGCGGUGCUAUCGCUGUCACCCUUUUCACUUGACCCCAACAUCGCUAACUAUAAUCCACUCGACUCUUCCACUUGCGACUCCUCUGCCGUAUAUAAAGACUUCCAGGAGGCUGUCCAGAUGUCGACUGCCACUGAUCGGGUAGAAGCAAUAGGCCAGCUGCUGGUUGACGACCUGCCUCGAACGACUUCACGCUCUAGGUGCCAGCAUAACGAGCCUGAAAUGACCUACCUCGAUCUUCUGCUAAUCCUUAUCGAGUACAAGGGACUCGCUAUGAACCACAUCCAGAGUCAAAAUCAGCGGUGCCUGCACUGCACCUCCGCGGCACGAUUCAUGGAGGCAAUAGGCAUCAUUGAGUUCCCAAUUUUCAGUGUUCUCUUGGAUGGCCCCUUGGCUGUACUUGCGACUACCUGGGUCAAGGAUGGGCACAUGGCGUCGUUCGACGUCUCGAACGCGCUCGGUGCGUGGCAUUAUGCCACUGUGAUGGUGCGCAUUGUUGUGUUCUGGGGCACCGCGUUGGCCAACCGGUUCGAGCAGGUGAAGGAUAGAUUUGUGGAGGGUGUGAAGAAAGACAACCCGAGGUUGCGCUGGACGCAGGCACAUCAGGCACUCCACCACGCCCUGAGGGAUGCUCCGGUUGAGAUUGCACCUGACAAUGAGCCUUGA